UUUGCACGUCUUUCAAGCAGAGGGUGUCUUCAAUCGUCGGUCCCACUUCUCCGGCAGUGACGUCAUUCGCCAUGUCCGCUUGCACAAACUUGAAUGUGCCGCACCUCCAGACUACAUGGCACCCCACGUCCCGCAAUCCGUACACGCUCAACUUGUUUCCGGAUCCAGACCUUUUCGGAAAGGCCUUCUUGGAUCUCAUACUCAACAAGAAAUGGAAGACAUUCACAGUACUUUACGAGGAGCAGCAAAGCUUGAUUUUGCUCAAGGAUGUGCUGAAUAGCUCAUUUUCUCAAAACCAUACGGUUUCACUGGUCCAAGUGAACCCAAAGCUGUCCUUCAAAAUCAUGAAAGACAUCGGCGUCACCAAACAGUACAACAUCAUCUUAGACAUCAAGACGUCGUCUCUACCAGAACUUUUGCGAGAGGCUAGAGAAGUCAACAGGAUGACGUACUACCACAAUUACAUCAUCACUUCACUGGACCUGCACACUCUUGACCUGGGUGAAUUCUCUGACCUGCAAGCCAACAUCACCGCAUUCCGACUGGUGGAUCCACAGCGACAAGAAGUCGUGGACGUUGUUCGGGACCUGAAGAUCGGCAGGGCGCUCUGGAGAUACGGCGCCACUAACACUUCCGAGAUAAUUUCUAUCGAUACAGACACCGCACUCAUGUACGACGCUGUGACUCUUCUCGCCACUGGGCUUCACAACGCCGACCGUGUCAUGCAUAACCUGGACUUGCAGUCGCUCAACUGCGAUCAACCCAAGCCUUGGAAACACGGAUCAUCCCUACUGGAGUCCAUGAAAAUGACAACUAUUAGGGGACUGACAGGUGACGUACGCAUCGAACAGCGUGGAAUUCGCGAGGAUUUCUACAUGGACGUAAUUGAACUGAAGACGAAAGGAAUGAUAAAGGUAGCAACAUGGCAUCCAGUUAACGGCCUGGCAUACUUCGUCAAUUACACUCAAGUUGCCGAGAAGGAGUUUACAGACAAGCUCGAAGGCUUGACCCUGCGGGUUACAACAGUCGAGAGUCGGCCGUACACAAUGCUACACCCAGAAGGAAGCAAUAUGACGGGCAAUGAUCGCUUCUACGGCUACUGCAUCGACCUCAUCAAGAUGCUGGCGAGAGAGAUAGGGUUCAAGUACGAGUUCUACCUGACUCCCGACGGUGCCUACGGGAAACCGCAGGCCAACAACGAGUGGAACGGAAUGAUCAAAGAACUACUAGACAGGAAAGCGGACGCUGCCAUCGUGGACCUGACCAUUACGUACGAGCGCGAGUCAGCGGUGGACUUCACCAUUCCCUUCAUGAGCACGGGCAUCAGCAUCCUCUUCAAGAAAACGGAGAAGAGUGACCCUUCGCUGUUCUCCUUCCUGCACCCGUUCUCCAUCGACGUGUGGCUGUACAUGCUGACCGGCUACUUGGGCGUCUCGCUGCUCAUAUUCAUCAUGGGCCGCUUCACGCCCUACGAGUGGGUGUCCCCUCACCCGUGCGUGCCAGAGGAAGGAGACCUGGUGAACCAGUUCAACCUGCCCAACAGUUUCUGGUUCACAACGGGCGCCAUCAUGCAGCAGGGAUCGGAGAUCACGCCCAUUGCUACGUCAACGCGCAUUGCGUCGAGCAUGUGGUGGUUCUUCUCUCUCAUCAUGAUCUCGUCGUACACUGCAAACUUGGCGGCCUUCUUGACGGCGCAGCGCAUGACGUCGCCCAUUGAGAACGCCAACGACCUCGCCAAGCAGACAAAGAUAUCUUACGGGUGUCUCGACGGCGGAUCGACGUAUCGCUUCUUUGAGAACUCGGACAACCCGCUGAUCAAGCGGAUGUGGACGACGAUGAACGCGGUGAGGCCGUCGGCGUUCACCAAGAGCAACAAGAAGGGCGUGGAGAGGGUUAAACGGGGCGACUACGCCUACCUCAUGGAGUUCUCGUCCAUCGAGUACGAGGUGGAGCGGGACUGCAACCUCACGGCUAUCGGAGGACUGCUCGACAACAAGGGAUACGGCAUCGCAACGCCGCCCGGCUCGCCGGUGCGCUCGGUGCUGUCCUCGUACAUAAUCCGGCUGCAGGAGAGCGGAGAGCUUGAAAUGCUGAAACGCCGCUGGUGGCGUGUCGAGGGCAAAGACAAAUGUCCCUUGGACACAGCCGCUUCGGCCACCAACGAGAUGGGCCUCUCGAACGUGGGUGGCGUGUUCCUGGCUCUAAUAUUCGGCUGCGCCGGCGCCAUAAUCAUCGUUACUCUCGAGUUUUUCUGGAAGAUCAAGAAAGUGCCCUAUGGAGAACGGGAAUCUGUCUGGGUGGAGCUGUGGAAGGAAGUCAAGCUGGUCCUUUCCUGCAAGGGUUCCAAAGAUAACCCACAGAAGACUCCGGAGGAUUCACUGUCGAACAGCAUAGGACUCAGUUCGUUGCAUCACAUCAACUACAGCACUACGAGCAUAAACCCGGCCGCCAACGCUCUUCUGUCCAAAUCGGCAUUGCGAGGAGACAACAAGGGGCCGGACAAAAACUGAAAAUUUCCCCGAAUCUUCCAUACAGCUAUAUAGUGCCUUACACCCGACAUUCCUGAA